AUUAAUUUUUAACAGAUUGACAGAUGAUGUGGCCUAACGUUUUGUAAUUUAAUGUUAAAUGAAUUUAUUAGAAUAAUGAGAAAAUGACUGUAAUAAAAUUUAUUUUAGUUUUAAUAUUUAUAGCUCCAUCAUAUGGUAGAGUGCCUGAUAAAGUUUAUUGUUUAGAUGAAACAUGCAGCAAGCCACUUUCAAGAGCCAAAACUUUGAUAACUUACUCAAGUGCGGAUCCUGACCACAUAUCCUAUCGUAAUAAUGCUGAAGCUCUGGUGUUUAUGAAGUCAGCUGGAACAAACCCUGAGCUAUGGUUUGCAAGUAUUGAAGGUAAAGCUGGCUUUGUGAACUCAAAAUUUUUAAGGGAACAAAAAGUAUUUGAAAAAAAUCCAAAAUUUGUAGUGCCAACAGAGUCAUUGAUACCAAAAAUUUCCUUUCAACCUGAUAAAGUUAAACAACCCCAUGAAGUGGUCGAGGGUACCACACUGUACACUACGGAAGCAACAGUCAAAGAUAUCAAUACAGCACCACAACCUGCAUCAAGUUUACCAAAUGAAAUUAAUGAAAAUUUAGGUACAAUUAAACCAGUUGACAAUAUUAACCCAAAAAAUGUUGAUUUUGAAAACAUUAGAGAAGUCAACAAAAGGCUCUUAGAUACUCCUAAUUUUCCUCAACAAAAAAUACCAAAUGUUCAAGAAGCACAAGAGAAUAUUCAGAAAAAAAAUACAAUUGAAACAAAUGUUCGAUUUGAAAAUGUACCAAAUCAACAUUUAAAUGUUCAUAAGGAUGUCAAUGUUCAUAAUCCAGAAACAAAAGAUCAGAACUACUAUAAACAAGUAAAUUUGAAUGAAGCAGAAUUACAGAAAACAAGUGAAACAUUGACAACAGUUCCAAUACAAAAAUUCAAUGAAGAGAAUUUUCAUGAUCACAACAUUUUGAAUGAGAAGUCAGUUCAAAAAGGGCAUGAGCAGCAUGUUAAUGAUUUACCUAUUAUAGAAAAUAGUAGUCCUAACGUUCACAAUAAAGAAGUUUAUAAUGAGCCUCAAAUUUCCAUCUCUCAAUCUUCAUCAAGAAGUGGCAGUGAAGGAAAUAUCCCUAAUACAGAAGGCAUUAUUCAUCAAAUGCUAAACGAUGAAGUCCCAGAAAAAAGUGAACAAAAUGUUUCAGUGCCUUCAAACAUGAAUAGAAAUGAAGAUCGUGAUAAACAUGCAAAACAAGCAGUAGCAGAUAGUACUGUAGAAAAUACACAACAACAGAACAAUCUAUAUAAUAAUAUUCCAAAUAUAAAUGGGGAACAAGUUCAAAAAAACCCAGAGCUCCCAUUAGAGACAAACAGAGAACAAAAUAAUUUCUUAGACCAACAAAAUCACCCAAACGAAAAAUUAAAUAAAAAUCAUUUUGAAAAAAGUACACCUUUUAUGGAAAACCCUUCUAAUAUUUUAUAUGACAAUACUCAAAGUGAAAUAAAUAGGCUGACAGAAACAAUUAGUACUAAGACAGAGAUAGAAUCCGAACGAACUUUGCCCAUUGUAAAUAGAUCACCCAAUUCUGAUAAUGUUGUAAACUAUGAAACAGGAAUACCAUCUACUCUUAGUGUAACAGAGAGAAAUAUCGAAAUAAAUAACCCCAAUACAGGAAUGCCUCCAAUUGUUGAAAAUCCUAACAACAUAAUUCCUAACAUAAAUUUGAAGGAAAUACAAUUGGAAUCAAGGGAGGUACCCUCAGUAGAUAGAUCUCACAGUCCUGAAUAUGUCUUAAACAAUCAAAACGAAAAUAUACGAACACCACCCCAUCCAGCUGAAACACAAAGAUAUUUUGAAACAAAUAAUGCCAUGACUGAAAUACCUCCAGUUGUUGAAAAUGUUAACAAUAUUGUUCAUAAUGCGAACUUAAAGGAACAACAACUGGAAUCAAUACCUCCCUAUGUAGACAGAGCUCCCAAUCAAGAAAAUGUAUUUGUUGAUGUGGCAGAACAAUUAAGAACACCACCUCCUCCAUAUUUGAAUCCCAUAACUGAGAAUUAUCAACAAGAUCAUUUUGAAAAUCCCACUACAGAAACGUCACCACUUCUAUUUAAUCCAUCCACAUCUGCAAUACCCGAUAUUUCCAUAAAUGAAGAGCAACCAUUAACAACAGAAUUAAAUAUACAAACAACAACUGAAGGUUCAAAAGAACCAUUUUCAGGCAUGGAUGAGAACACAAACAUUAAUCAGGAAUUGCAAAGUAACCAGGAAGUUGGUGAUAAACACUCCUACUACACGGAAACUCCUGUAGAUAUUGAAUAUGGUAACACAGCAGAGUCAAAUUUACCAACUAGUGAUGAAUACCAGGUAUUUCCUGAAGAAACCACUAAAGGAUGGUUUGCUUCCAUUUUUGACACAUUAGCUGGUAUGUGGACCUCAUCAUCUGAUGAUCAAGACAUUUCAGAUAAUACUGAAGAUAGCAUCUAUGAUGAACCAAAGACUGACAAUGCUGAAGAAUUUUCUUUUAUAAAAUACUUAAUACAUAGUUAUUAUUCAGUGAUGGGAAUAGAUGAAGAAACUCGAGUACUCUUCACAUCUGCAGGAGACGCCUGCUAUACAGAAAACUACUGUGAUGGGCAAAGUAACACAAAUAAAAAUCGAUUGUUAACAUUCCUCCUAACGACAGCCAGCUCUGUUCUUCUGUUCACAUUGGGAUAUUAUUACAUCGACAUAAGGAGACAGGAUGGUAGGCUUAUUGGAACAAUCAAUUCUUUGCAAAGAGAUUUGUUAUUUACUACUAAGGAGUGUGAGAUUUUAAAAGAGGAGCUUUCGACUACUAAGACGAAAUUAGCAGGGAUUGAAGACAACUCAUUUGGCAUGGACGAUAUGGUGCAAUCACUAAAAGAGGAAAUCAAUGAAAUGAAAGCACAGAACGAUAGGCUACGUCAUUCUCUGGACGACAAUGAAAAACUGUUGCGAGUAUCCGAAAAUACUGCCGAGGAGCUUCAGAACACUCUCAGCGAAGUGGAGAAUACUCUCAGUGAGCUUUUGGCUGAAAGAGCUAACUUAGAGGAGCAAAUUGCAGAAAUCAAUGGAAAAGCUCAAGCAUUUGAAGAGGAAUUGAUCACAGUAAGUCGAGAUCGAGAUAACUUCCAACUAAAAUAUGUAUCGGCUGAAACUACGUUAAAAGAAUCAGAAAAACAGGUCAAAGAAAUAGAACAAUUGAACAAACAGUUAUCAGAAACUAAAAACAAAAACGAACUACUGCAACACGAAAUAGAUGCUUUAAAGGAUGCAUUAAGGCAAAUGAAACAUGAUCCCUCAUCGAACGUCGAUGUGGCUUCACUUAUCGACCACGCUGAAAUCAAAGCCCAACUAUCCAAAGCUUUAGUAGAAAGAAAUAAUUUAGCCAACAAGUAUGAGGUCGAACAAAAGGAACGGGUUCGUCUCGAUCAAGAACUGAAAAAAACUCAAGAGUCAUUACAUGCGACGAACCAGCAGGCUACAGAAGCCGUCACUAGACUUGAAGUUCUAGGAAAGUAUUUCCAAGAUCGGGAGAGCGAACUACUCAAGGAAUUGAGUACUAAGGAAUCAUUGUGGCUGAGUAAACAGGGAGAAUCUGCUAGCACCGUUGAGAAAAUUGAACUACUGCAGCAAGAACUACAGAGAUUCAAAGAGAAGUGCGACACGCUGAGCCGCGAGCUGGCGGAGCAGGAGUCGCUGCGGCGCGCGGCGGUGGGGGAGGUGGAGGCGCGCGCGCACACGGCGUGGCUGGAGGCGCGCGCCGCCCGCCGCGACGCCGACGCCGCGCGGGACCUCGCCGCCGCGCUGCGCCGCAAGCUCGCCGCCACCGCGCACGAUGGCGCCCUCUCGCCGCAUCACAAAGUAGCGUCACCUCUGGAAAUGAGCGAGAACCCGGUGUUGCUGCCGCCGCCGCUGCCGCCUUUGUCGUUCCUACCGCCGCCGCUGUUACCGCCCCUGCCGAGACCGCCUCCACUCGGCAGGCUACCCUCGCCUCUCCAACCUAGGUACGGGGAUCGACGCUACUCGCCGGACUCGCGGUACUCGCCGCAGAGGCGGUACUCGCCCGAGAGCCGCUACUCGCCGGAGACGGUGCGGUACUCGCCCGACAGCCGCUACUCGCCGCCGCCUCGCCGGUCGCCCUACUCGCCCAGACCCAGCAGACGACGUUCCAGAGAUAGAUACGAAGGUAGUUGUGGAUCAAGGUCUCGUAACGCGCCCGAAACAGAAUCCGAAUACCCUUCGGACAGUCCAUCAAGGAGCACGCGGCGACGGAGCAGAUACCAGAGGCAUUCAGGUCCCAGCUCUGGCUCAGGUUGUUCCUCGGAAUCUGAUAAAUAAAAUACUUAUUAAAGUAUUCAUACAAUAACAACACCGAGAUCUAAAUGUUUUUUAGUACUUAGAAAGAAAGGUGCGCUAUGUAAGAAACUGGAAAUAAACAACAACAAAAAUU